AUGAAUUGCCCUUCACGCACCGACGAUACCCUCGAGCAUCCCGACUGGAAUCAAAACCCGCCCGCCUUGAACGCAGACGUCACCACCCGAAGUGACUUCAACGGGCUCGCCAAUUCUAAGGUCCAUAGGCGGCACGCGUCGGGGAUGGGAGGCGCUUCAGAGGAAGGUGUCUCGGCAAUGGAUCAUCGACCGCAUAGUCUAGACGGGAAUGAGACCGAGAUAGAGGAGAAAUGCCCCGGUGGGGUGGUCUCUGUCGCCCCUGGGGAUCAUAUCCCCGGGGAAGACAGCGGAUCUCCCUGCCGUUCUUUCAAAUCAACUAUCUUUUCAUAUCCUGCCCAUGUGGCGCAAAGUCUUGUCAAAUUUGCCCGGUUCAUAGGCCCCGGCUUUCUGAUCGCAGUAGCCUACAUUGACCCUGGAAACUACUCUACCGACGUGGCAGCAGGCGCAGAAUACCGUUACGCUCUUCUGUUCAUCGUGCUCGUCUCCAAUUUGUUUGCUAUCUUUCUCCAGUCUCUGUGUGUUAAGCUUGGCACAGUGACCGGGCUUAACCUUGCGGAGAACUGUAGGGAACACCUUCCGAAAUGGCUCACUAUUGUUCUGUACGUCUUUUCAGAGGCUGCCAUUGUCGCCACUGAUAUAGCAGAGGUAAUUGGAUCGGCGAUCGCGCUCAACCUUUUACUCAAAAUCCCUCUAGUUGCUGGAUGUGCGAUUACUCUGGCUGACGUCCUCUUUAUCCUCAUCUUUUACCGACCAAAUGGGGCCAUGUGGGGGUUGCGUCUGUUUGAAUUCUUCGUAAUGCUUCUUGUACUGGGGGUUGUGAUUUGCUUCUGCAUCCAGCUUUCGCUGAUCAAAGAGCAAUCUGUUGGCGAUGUAUUCCGGGGCUAUUUACCAUCAUCUGCCAUCGUCCAAUCAGAAGGUCUGUAUCAAAGUUGCGGUAUUCUCGGCGCAACGGUCAUGCCGCACUCGAUGUUCCUAGGCAGCGGAGUGGUUCAAUCGCGACUGAAGGAAUUCGAUGUUACUCAAGGCUACGUGGAUCCAUCCGUCUGCCUCGGAAGCACCGGUGGUGAGGUCGAGUAUAGACCCUCCAUCCAUGCCAUUCGGGGUUGCAUGAAAUACUCAAUCAUUGAGCUUACCUUGUCGCUCUUCACAUUUGCCCUGUUUGUGAAUAGCGCCAUUCUCAUUGUUGCAGGUGCCUCGCUCUAUGGCACUCCUGGGGCAGAUAAUGCGGACCUCUGGGGCAUCUACGACUUACUUUCCAGCUCAGUUGCUCCUGCGGCGGGUCUGAUAUUCGGGUUAGCGCUCCUCCUCUCUGGUAUCUCUGCAGGAAUCGUCUGUACCAUGGCGGGGCAGAUGGUAAGCGAGGGGAUGUUGAACUGGACCAUCAGACCCUGGCUCCGUCGAUUGAUUACUCGAUCGAUCAGUAUCAUCCCUAGCAUAAUCAUUGCGGCUGCCGUCGGCAAGGAUGGAUUGGACAAGACCUUGAAUGCCAGCCAAGUGGUUCUGAGUGUCAUCCUUCCCUUUGUCAGCGCUCCUCUCAUCUACUUUACAUGUCGCAACCGUUACAUGACCGUCCCAACUGAGCGGGUCUUCGAGGGCGGAGAAUCGGCGCCGGGAGGAGUCAAGAUGAAAAACAAUCUCUUCGUAACCAUCAUCGCUGUUAUUGUCUGGCUGAUUAUUGUGGUGAUGAACGUCGCGCUUCUUGUUCUCCUUGGCCUCGGCAAGGCUUGA